GGAAGGCAUGGGAAGGUGGUACGGCUGAUAUACUUUGCAGCGACGAGCCAUUGUGUGGUACUGAUACCCCGGUUUUCGAAAUUCCAGGCAUUCCUUCCCUUUUUUCUGAUGUUGCCAUCACCGACUGGGGAGCGAAACGCUUUACGCUUGUUUGCGUAACUAUAGCGAGUGUCAUUCGUGCCAAAUGCGUAUUGUUGGUAUUUACAGAUUUGGAGAGAAGUUCACAAUAUUGUGCAUAGUAGUGUUGAGCACAAGAAGCGGUGUAUCGGUCAGUAUCACUUCACCACUAGGCAUACCGGUGGUGGCUAGCGAAUCAACCACUGCGUCCGUGACAGGGUUACUGACACGCGAGAGGGGCGUAGGAAUAUGUAUCUGGAGGAAGAUGUCCUGCGAAAUGGAUGCUAGCAUGCUCCAUGUCUAGACUGGCAUUCCAGCGCUAUGGUAGGAAAGAUAGUCUGACAGUCGUGCCUUGUUGCUAAAUGCCUAAAGAAGUUCUGCUCGGUUAUAUCGCAGGCUUUACGGAUGAAUGCAAACAGUCUUUCUCCUUGUCACACAUUUACAGUGGGCCGCGGCAACAAGUCUUGCACGAGGAUUUCUUGGAGUGACAACGAUUGCGUUUCAUCUGGACAGGGCUCUGAUAGAUCAAUGUGGCUCGACAGGGGGCUCGAGUGAGCACGGCGGUGUGCAAGUCUUAAUCCAUCUAUGUGCGAUCUCACAGACUCAGACACAAGGCAGCAUGAACAGAUCGUCUAAAGAGCCGCGAAAGAGCUGGG